AUGAGUUCAUCGGGGUCUGUGUUCACUGCUCAUAGUUCUUUUAAGCAGCAGAAUGGCGACGUCUCCAGUGGUAGGUCUGUUAGAGCCACAAUGGAGAGUAUUAAAUCUGUCCACGAAAAUCCGUUUUAUAAAAAUUUUGGAAUCAAACAUAGUGCACCGCCGUAUCCUCGACAGGCGAAUAAACCAGUGGUGUCUGAAGACACAAAGAGAGUGAGUACAAAUGGACGUUCUUCGGUGGAUGACGAUAUUGGCGAGUAUCGGCCAGGUUCAGGGUAUGUACACAAGCUCCUAGAUAAGUUCUCAUCACUAACUGUUAGAGAAGAGCCAAUAAUUCCUGCACCACAUUUGAAGAGGUCGUCGAGUCUUGACGAACUGCCUGGGGAGAAUGAAACUGUUAAAGACAGUGUUGUGGUAUCUAGAACUAUUGGCCUGCGUUAUGAGAAGCUAUCAUAUUUGUCCGUGGCGAAAUUGUCACAUAGAACUCGAAGUAUUGAAGAGUUGAACCAUACCCACCAGAAGUAUCAUCGUGGCAGCGCUGUCUCCCAUCAACACUCAGACACACAAUGGGGAAUGGACAAACAGCUGUUUACUCACAAGUUCCAAAGAGAUAUUCAGACUGUUCCUGCAGAUGGUGAUCAAGCCAGGGAUGAGAUUAUUAUGAAUGAUAGCGUGAACUCGGGCGUAUUAUUAGAAAAUACUGAUGAUAAUGAAAGGUAUAGUGACACAACAACAGCUUUAAACAGCCAUGAAUCAGUUCUUCAAGCUGAACUCCCGAAGCCAAAUACAGUUCUUACUGUGCGCAAUAUUUUUGAAAGUGCAUCUUCAGCAAGUGUCCUACAUUCAAGAAGACAGAGGUCGGACUCACCAUCAUUUGUGUCCGUGCAGUCAGUAAAACCAGUUUUAUCACCACUCCAGGCAUCACAUGUUUCUGCAUCAAGCCAAGAGUCUGCAUUAAAUCGAGUCAUUUCACACAGUUCUUCGCCUCUGGCAUCACCGAAACAUACCAGCGAUACUCUUGCCAAACCGAGUUCUAGUCUUUCAAAGAUAGAAAAUGCCAGGCAUGUUCCAGAUUCAGAUUUGCCUUCUAGGUCAAAUGUUCAGAAGUCUGUGGCCGCCAUUUCUAGCAACUCAGGAAUGAGCAUUGUAAGACCUCAGACGUCAUCAUCACCAUAUCGCACUAAUGCUAAUCCUACAUCACCAUCUGCUUUCAGUCCAGUUUCAUCAGCUGAUGGGAGAUUGUUCCGAUUUGACGGAGAAAACAGUUUGGAAACCUCCGAAACUUUUCACAGUCUCCAUCAUACUUCUUCAUAUAAUGCACCCAGUCUCCUGGCAACAGUAACAGGUGUACAAUUACAUUCCUCUGCUAUUUCAGAUAAUCAGAAAUCCAGCCUUGCAGUCAGCAGCUCUUCUUUCAAAGAUAGGAUUGAAGAUGGCAAGCAUUACGAACAUCCAGUAAUGAUAUUUGCCAAGGCAAAUCUAAGUCCCCAAAAAAACAGGCCACAUAGAGUUAGAGAUUACACGCCACUGAAUGAUGAGGUUGAUGGUAUCAAUGAGGUGGCUGAACAAUUGAGGGAUGCUAUCCGUUCAGCAGAGGCUAAAGCACAAUUUGAUGCGAAUGAUUAUAGUCAUUUAGGACUUGAGACAACCAACAAGGUUUCAUCUCAAAGAAGAAUCUUUGAGUCAAAUAGUAACAUUUCUGAUAAAAAUACAAAUAACCAAAGCAAACCAGUGCCUAUAAGGAAUCAGAUAAUAAAAGAAGCUAAAAACAGCCAAAAACAUGUGUUGGACAAUGACAAGUCAAAUUCUGAAAAUAAGUCAAAAAAUAUAGCAGCAGCAGAAGUCUCUAACAGUGUAGAUAUAAAAAGGUCAAAUGUGAGAAAGCCCAUCGUAAAAGAAUUACUUGCUUCACUAGAGACUCAGCCUGCACCCCUUGUCAGUAACUUCAAGGACAGAAAAAAACGUGUUACCUUUUCAGUAAGUUCGACAGCUCAGGAAGAUGAUGAUGCAAAGCCUACCAGUCAUUUGUCAAAUAGCAUCACAGCUGGUCAUGAAUUAUUAUCAGAUGCUUACAAAGACGCAGUGGACUCAGAUCAGUCACACUCAGAUGAAUCACCUGCGCUGAAUGACCAGCCCUUGAGUCAUGUUAAUAAAAAUGAUUCUGAUCCCAAAGAACUGCCUGUCAAAGGCAUCCCAAGUAUAGUUGCUCAGCGGUUAAAAAAGCACAAUUUUGACCCAAGUCAAGUUGCCGAAGAUGUUCUUAGUUCAUCCGAUGCCACAGAACAACACCUUCAGGAAGCUUCCAGAAAAAAUCUUGACUCAGCUUCGGGUAACCCUACAUCUUCAGAUAGUGAAAAUGACUCUCUUGCCACAGAAAUCGAAAAUGAAAUUUCAAACGUUCGGAGAAAAAUGGAAGAAAGCCGUAACAAAUCCACUGGACUUUUACCUAUUUUUGAUAGCAGCCAGUUAUCAAAGAAACGAAGAGAGAGGAAAAAACAACAAGCUUCUGCAGGUGAAGAAGUUGUUCCUGCUUUGGAUCUCUCUGGAAUGACAGAUGAUCAGGCCAUGGAGUACCAGUUGCGGCACAAGAAAAUUGCACCCUGUAACAUCAUUUUUAUCGGGGAGAAUGCAGACACAUCAAGAUCAUUGCUGACUAAACAACGGAAAGUGAAGAUCAACAUUCAUUUCAACGAUGCUAAAACAGAAACCUUUGAGUACCCGAAUGAGGCAACUGCUCUGGAGCACUACUUGGAAGACCACCCUCAUGAGAAAGAUGAAAUCCUGGUCUUGGAAGACUUUACCGGUGGGGGCAAUGAGUCGUCUGAUGAAGUGCAGAUUGAUGUGUAUGAGACUCCUGUGACACCCAGAGGCAGUGCUGAUGAUGAUCUUUUGAAGUCUAACACUUCCCUAGCUCAUGCAGGUAGCCUACAGUCCUACAGAGGUCGUUUCCAGCAGGAUUAUCAGCUGGGGUCUGUACAGGUGGAAGAGCCAAAGAAACCAGUAGAGCCAGAGCCUGUGGUUGACCCAGACAAGCUCAUGCUGAGGCCAGCAGAGGAAGAUGAUACCAACACAUGGUCCACAAGCAGCUCAUCUGACAUUUUGUUUUGA